UCUUCUUUAAAACAAAAUACUGAAAACAAACUUUUUAUUUUACGAUUCCGGAAAAAUUCUGAAGCUACCCUUUGAUGACUUCUUUGAUCCACUAAACUCUAAUUCCGAUCGCCGCUGCUUUUCUUCCGUCGGUUUUACUCCGGAGAUCUGCUCCAAUUCCAUCAUUCUUCUCCCCAGAAAUUUUCCGAGUUUCUUCUUUGUUGGGUAUUACAGAUGAUAGAAUGCAGUGUUUGCCGCUCCAAAUUGCAGUCACCCAAUAGCAAAACAAUUUCCAAGGCAUAUGAUCGGCACAGAAGUGAUGUCUCCUCCAAAACCCGUGUCCUCAAUGUCCUUUUGGUUGGUGGGGACUGUGUUUUUGUGGGUUUACAGCCAAUUUUGGUGUAUAUGUCAAAGGUGGAUGGGAGUUUCAAGUUUAGUCCUGUUAGCGUUAACUUUCUGACUGAGGUUGCAAAAGUUCUGUUUGCAAUUGUUAUGCUGUUAUUCCAGUCUAGGCAUAAGAAAGUGGGGGAGAAAUCUCUCCUCUCGGUUUCUACAAUUGUGCAGGCUGCUCGAAAUAAUGUGCUUCUUGCUGUUCCAGCUCUCCUCUAUGCUAUUAAUAAUUACUUAAAGUUUAUCAUGCAGCUUUAUUUCAAUCCUGCAACGGUGAAGAUGUUGAGCAACCUAAAGGUUUUGGUAAUUGCUAUCUUGUUAAAGAUAAUCAUGAAACGACGGUUUUCCAUCAUUCAGUGGGAAGCUCUUACUCUGUUGCUAAUUGGAAUCAGUAUAAAUCAGCUUCAUUCUGUGCCUGAGGGCACCACUGCUUUAGGUCUUCCAGUUGCAACAGGCGCAUAUUUGUACACACUCAUCUUUGUUACUGUUCCAUCUCUAGCAUCAGUCUUUAAUGAGUAUGCAUUGAAAAGCCAAUUUGAGACAAGCAUUUACCUUCAGAACUUGUUUCUCUAUGGAUACGGAGCAAUAUUCAACUUCAUGGCCAUCAUUGGAACUGCAAUUUUUAAAGGUCCCAGCAGUUUUGAUAUCUUGCAAGGACAUUCAAAGGCUACCGUGCUUUUGAUAUGCAACAAUGCUGCCCAAGGGAUUUUAUCAUCAUUUUUCUUCAAAUAUGCAGAUACAAUUCUGAAGAAGUACUCCUCAACUAUUGCUACAAUUUUUACGGGAAUAGCAUCUGCUGCUCUGUUUGGUCAUACCCUAACAAUCAACUUUAUUCUUGGCAUCUCAAUUGUGAUUAUAUCUAUGCAUCAGUUCUUUUCACCACUUUCAAAGGUUAAGGAUGAACAAGAAGAUAGUAGUCUGGAGAUGGUGAAUACUCAGGACAGCCAGAGGUCUAAGGAUGCAUCAUUUGUAAAUAUGGCAGCUGGGGCAAAUGAAGAUGCUAAUCAUCAUGUUAAAGUGGAGGAAAAGAGGCCACUUCUUCCUGUUUAAAGUUACCUGUCAUGGAUAGACAUAUGGCAAAGUAAUCUUGGCUUGGUGAGUGGAAACAAACUGCUCCUGCAUUUGACGCCUUUCUUUGUUUCUCAGAAGAGAGCAUGAGAGUUGCAACCCGCUUUGUUUCUCCAGUGAAGUUUCACCAUGUCAAUUAUAAGCCAAGAUUGAGGAGCUGUU